UUAAAUACGCGUCAAACGUUAAACAUGCAUUGAAACAAAAGAUAAUAGAAUACGGUUUAAAUUUUUAAAAGGAAUUUUAAAUAAAUAUUUUAAAAUCAUACAAGAAGAAAAUCUUGUGUCUUAAGUCCUGCCAAACGUUUGUUGCAAUCUACUAAAUACUCGUUUUAAGAUAUUUCUUUCAAAUAUUCCGAAAAUAUGUGUUAAAUAUGUAUGUUUUAAAUUUAUAGUUUUUUUAAAAGUGUUAACAUACUGCAUUACCAAUCUAGUUAACGCUUUUAUUUCAAAAAAAGUGCUAUUAGUUAAUGAAAAGGUGUUAAUAUUCAAAGCGUAAAAUAUAAAUAUUUUUCGUUAUUAUGUGAUUAAAUACGUGCCUUAUUAAUGUUAAUAAAUUAAUAUUUGUUUUAUAAAUUUACAUUAUCAAGCAGAAAGAAACCUAACUACGUACAACAUACAAAAUGAUUUCACGUUUAAAGUUAAAUUAUUUAAAUACACCCGUCACAGAAAGUGAUGUUAAGUCAUCACCUGUAUCGGAAAAGUCAGAACCUUUAACCGAUCCUAAGAAACUACUUAGACAAGUAACCAUUGAACCUGAACCUGAUUCUCUAGAUAGUGUCCUGCUUAAUCCUCAGUCAUAUCCCAUAACUAUAAUACCAAAUCGUCCAAAUACUUUUUAUGGUUUAACCACACAGAAUGGUAAACCAUUUACGAGACAACAAAGUUGUAGAUCACGCAACUACCGUCCGGGUAGUAUGCGCAAAGUCCGAAGACGAGCUGUAUUCAAAAAUGGCGACUGUAAUGUGCUACAGAAAAACCUCACCAAAAGACGUUUACGUUUUCUACAGGAUAUGUACACCACCCUGGUAGAUUCACAAUGGCGUUGGACUUUAUUGGCAUUUGCUUUGUCAUUCAUAUUGUCAUGGUUGUUGUUUGCUGUUCUCUGGUGGCUGAUCAUGUAUACACAUGGUGACUUGGAGGAGUUACAUUUACCAGCCAAUCAGGAGGAAAGUGGCUGGGAACCUUGUGUUUCUGCCAUUCAUGGUUUCACUUCCUGUUUCCUGUUCUCUAUUGAAACCCAGCACACAAUUGGUUAUGGUGUACGUACUACUUCGGAAGCCUGUCCCGAAGCCAUUUUCAUGAUGUGCUUCCAAUCUAUUUAUGGUGUCAUGUCCUCGGCCUUUAUGGCCGGUAUUGUUUUUGCUAAAAUGACUCGUGCCAAACAACGUGCCCAAACUUUACUCUUCUCGAAAAAUGCUGUCAUCUGUCAGCGUGAUGGUGCUCUUAGUCUUAUGUUCCGUGUAGGUGAUAUGCGCAAAUCGCAUAUAAUUGGUGCUAGUGUUAAGGCACAAUUGAUACGUACUCGUACCACCAAGGAAGGUGAAGUGAUGACUCAACAUUUCACCGACUUGGAAAUUGGUGCAGAUGAAUGUGGUUCCGAUAUCUUUUUCAUUUGGCCCAUGGUUAUUGAGCAUAAAAUCGAUGAAAACUCACCCCUUUACAAUAUAUCCGCCACCGAUUUGCUACAAGAUAAAUUUGAAAUUGUUGUCAUACUUGAGGGUACUGUUGAGUCCACCGGUCAAUCGACUCAAGCUCGUUCUAGUUAUAUUAAUACUGAAAUUUUAUGGGGUCAUCGUUUCGAUCCAGUUGUUGUUUACAACAAAGAUCGCCAGGCCUAUGAGAUUGAUUAUGCUCGUUUCAAUGAAACAACACAGGUCGAUACACCCCUGUGUAGUGCUCGGGAUUUAAAUGAAAUCUAUAAGAUACAGGAGGGUUUCACAACACCGGAAACCACAUUUACCAUGCGUCAAAUGUCCCUCGUCCCUCCAUCUGAACAGGCAUCAUAAAAAAAAUUGAAACUAAAACCAAAAAAUAAAAAUUCAAACAAAAGACAUUUUUAUAUCAACGAAAUCGUUUUCAAACUAAUUCAAAAUCCAUUUAAAAUAACGAACAAAAACCUCAAAUUGUUUAAACUAAAAUUUAAUUUACAAAUAAAUCAGAAAACUAAAUAAAUAAAAAGGAAAUCAUGUUAUGAAUAAACAAAAAAUAAAUAAAAAAUCAUAAUAAUUUUAAUUCAAAAAAAAAAAGCUAUAUAUUUAUGAUCAUGUUGUAUUUGAUUUAUAUUUUUGUUGUUGUAGACAAUAGUAUUCAUAUGUUUUAAGUAUUUUAGUAGACAUUCAUAUGUAUUGUACUCGUAUGUGUUUUAUUACUAAAUAAUAAUAUUAUUAAUAAUAAUAAAAAAAUAAAUAAA